GUCCACUACUUUGACACAGCAACAGCACUACUAUAAUUUCGAUCGUGUUUACUUCUCAUCGUGUUAUUCAGCUUUGUAAUAAUGGCUAACUACGGCGCGAUGCUGCUGUUGGCCGUUGUCUCUCUGAUGGCUGGACAGGUCAUGGGUGGACCAAUGGGCUCGUCUUCUUCUGCAUACUACACAACUCCGGCGUCUUACUACACCACGACGUAUGCAGCCCCCUCUUACUACACCACAAAGGCGCCCGAGUACUAUACCACAACACGUGCUGCUCCUAACUACUACACCACUAAGGCUCCCGAGUACUACACCACGACCUAUGCAGCUCCAACAUACUACACCACAAAGGCGCCCGAGUACUACACCACGACCUAUGCAGCUCCGGCCUACUAUACCACAAAGGCCCAUGAGUAUUACACCACAACGUACGCUUCUCCGUCUUAUUACACUGAGGCCACGAAAUAUUACCCUGCGCCGAGCUACACAACGACUGUGUCGUACUACACAACGACAGAGGCGCCCAAGUACUACGUGGCUCCAACAUACCACACCGCAGCUGCCCCGUCUUACUACGCUGAGCCGACAUACUAUGCUGAAGCCCCCAAAUCCUACGCUGCACCAAGUUACUACACAACAGCUGCUCCUUCGUACUACGUGGAACCUACAUACUACACCACAACUUAUGCUGCCCCGUCUUACCACACAGAGGCUCCUCAAUACUACAACAGGAAGGCGGCUGAAUAUUACACCACGACUUACGCCGCUCCAGCCUAUUAUAGUGAGGUUCCGCAGUACUACACUACAAAGGCUCCCGAGUACACAACAUAUGCUGCGCCAAGCUACUAUACCGAGCCUCCCAUGUACUACACCACAACAUACGUCGCUCCAGUUUACUACACCGAAGCUACCAAAUAUUACUCAGCCCCAAGCUACUACCAGACUGAGGCGCCACAAUACACCACCACGUAUGCUGCUCCAGUUUACUACACCGAAGCUCCUGAAUACUACACCACAAAGGCUCCUGAAUACUACACGACUAAAGCCCCGGAGUAUUACACACAGAAGGCUGAAUACUAUACCACAACAUACACUGCCCCGGCUUACUACACUGCAGUUCCCAAGUAUUACCAGACUGGGGCUCCUGAAUACUACACUACAAAGGCUCCUGAAUACUACACUACAAAGGCUCCUGAAUACUACACUACAAAGGCUCCUGAAUACUACACUACAAAGGCUCCUGAAUACUACACUACAAAGGCUCCUGAAUACUACACUACAAAGGCUCCUGAAUACUACACUACAAAGGCUCCUGAAUACUACACUACAAAGGCUCCUGAAUACUACACUACAAAGGCUCCUGAAUACUACACUACAAAGGCUCCUGAAUACUACACUACAAAGGCUCCUGAAUACUACACUACAAAGGCUCCUGAAUACUACACUACAACGUAUGCUGCUUCGAGCUACUAUUCCGAGACCCCCAAGUACUACAGCACUACCUACGCUGCCCCGGCUUAUUACACCGAGGCUCCGCAAUACUACACGACGAAAGCCCCGGAGUACUACACCAAGAAAGCAGAAUACUAUACCACAACUUACGCAGCUCCAUCUUACUACACUGAGGCUCCCCAAUACUAUACUACAAAGGCCCCCGAGUACUACACCACACCGUAUGCUGCACCAAGCUAUUACACUGAGCGUUCAAAGUAUUAUUAAUCGUAAAAAUACGUUGACCGUCAAGCUCAAUAGUUAAAAAUAAUUAUCUUGUUUUAUUAUUUGCUGUCCUCGUUCCAAAAUGAGUAUUUCCCUGCAUUGUAUUUAUGCAAUAACUAGUCGCACCAUACGCAUGUGGUUUAUAACUGAAGUAUUGAAUACAGCUAUUAUGUCGUUGCUCAA